CAUAAUAUGUCUCAAACAUAUAAUGAAAUAGUCACAUUAAGAACACAAAAUUAAUAUGUUUUCGACAAUUAUCAUCGAUCAACCCAGAAUUGGGUGAACCGGGAAUGGUUGAAACUAGAUAGAUCCGGAUCGAACCGACCUGAUUCAGACCACAUAAUAUAGCAAUAGUGGAUGUCGCAUGCUGGGAUGAGGGAGCUACAUACAAUUGGACCUCCAAGCUAGGGUACCCUCCCUCAGUGACACAAAGUGUGAAGCAUGGCAAAGGCGCCCGAUCGUUGGAGCAGGGAUAGGGGUCCGAAAUUAACUCGGCAAACAUUGAUGAGUACAUGAAAGAGGGAGGCGGCUAGUUUUUCCCUCAACCAUCCAUGUUCGAUAGUGGGCGAGACUGUGGAGGUGGACCAGGUCACUUUCGGCAAGGCAUGGGCAGGUAUGAAGGUUACAACCCCCUUGUAUGAUAUGGAUGAUGAUAUCGUGUUUAUGCCCAAGUGUCCUGUUAUUGAGUUCCAAAAUUUGAUGGUCAUGACGCCUUGUGUCUAUGGUUAUAUGCGAUGGAGAGGUGGUUUAGAAACAAUCUAGCCAAGGAAGAGAUUAAGGUGCAACUGGCUUCUUUCUAUAUGAAGGGGAAGGCCCUACAAUGGUGGGAGUGGAUGGAGUGCUCUUAUGCCACCGUGGAGAUAGUGACCACCUAGCCGAUGUUUUCAGGAAGACCUCAAGUACUAGUUCGGUAAGGCAUAAGGAAGGGCGCCAUAGCAUUUGGCGAAGUUGAAGCAGACGGGAAAUUUGGCAGAGUAUCGAUAUGAGUUCCUAAAUUUAGGAAACCAGUGCUGGUGAAUGGCAGAGGAAAUUCUAGUAGGGUUGUGCAUGGGAGGCCUACCACAUGAAUUGGCAGCCUCCGUCAAGGUUUUCAAGCCUGACUCUCUGCAAGUCGCAAGGAGGAGGAGCUAGCUAGGUGAAAGGGGAGUUUGGGGUGAUUCCAUAAGGGAGAAAGAAGGUCUAGAGGAGGACCAAACUCGGCGACAGCCUUAGGGAGUCCACCCGCAACCACCUCAGCUCUGGGAAAUACAAACCUAGUGACCAUGAAAGUCCCACCAGGAGGGCACAUUCCAGCUCGACUACCGCCGAAGGGAUUUGUGAAGUUGACAUCGGCCGAGAUGGAGCAGAAGCGUAGUGAUGGACUCUGCUUCAACUAUGAUGAGAGGUACACCGUGGGGCAUCAUUGUGCCCUGGGCCAUCUAAUGCUGCUGGUUGGCAAGUGGGAGGACGCUAACAAGCCAGAGGAGAAAGAGAGCCAACCUUGAGGGCAUGGUUGGUCUCAAGGAGGGUGGAUUGUUAGAAACAUAAAUUAUAGUCUUUUUCGCUAUUUUGGACUCAUUUUUCAUUUAUCUCCAUUUUAUGGAUUCUGGAUGCUAUUUGAGGGUAUUGGGAAGACGUUUUUUAGGCAUGAGGUAUUAUUAUGGGUAGUUGUAGGGAAUUUAUCGGCUUAUAUAUUUUGCAUUGGUGAGGUUUUCUCAUUAAGCAAUAACAUAACAUGGCUAAAUUACACGUUUGGUCACUCAAAUUAUAUAAAUAUUUCACGUUUGC